AUGGAAGUAGAUUUUCAACAAAAUAAUUAAUAAUUUAAUGAUGACGAUGAUGAGUUUUCAUUGAAAAAUGCUAUGUCAAUAAAGAAAAGAUCUUAUAGGUUAGAAAUUAGGAAAAAAAAGUUGCAAUAAACAUUCAAUAAAACCAGGAAACUAAAUUUUUAAGACUUAUCUAACUUAAAUGAAUAUAGCAAUAACUAAUUAAAUAGUAUUUAGCCAAAUCCACAAUAAUUUAAUAAUAUUUAAUCUAUUUAGUAGUAAAGCGAUAUGGUAGAAAAUACUUAUUAAUAGAAUAAUUAAUAAAUGUAGAUUUGCUAAAAAGAAUUAGAUUUUAAAGCAGAAUAUGAUAGAAUUUUUUAAUUGGUGAAUCAAUUAAAUAGUUAUAUUUACAAUUUUGAUCCUGCUAAUAACGCUUAGCUUGAUAAUGUACUCCAAUAAAUACUAAAUGAGUAUUUGAUUAAUGAAAAACCUCCUGAAGUUAUUAAUAUUCUUAAAUAACUGUUUAUACACUUUAGUCUUCACCUUCUCAUUAAGAAUACAUAAGUAGAUUUAGCUACUAAGAACACAGCUUUAUGGUGCUUAAUUAAUUUAUCCCAUCUUCCUAACGAUUAGCAUGAAGUGAUAAGAAAACUAAUAGAUUAAGAUAUCGUAUCUACCCUUAAAGCUAUUUUAAAAGACAAUAAAAACAGUAUGCUCUUUGAAAAUGCAAUAUGGCUUGCUGUGAACAUAUCUUUGGAAGAUCCCUAAUACAGAUAUAAAUUUUUUGAAGAAGGGUUUUUAUUUUUCUUAAGCAAUUGUGUUUAAAAUAUAGCUAAAAGCAUAAAUUAAGGAGAAACAGAGAUUGCUGAUAAUUUGAUUAGAGUUAUAUUAAACUUGUCCACUACCAUGCUAAGUAUACAUGAUAAAAUAGAUGAUGAAUAAUUUAGAAUCAUUGCAAGCAUUAUGAAUCUAUGUUUGAAAAUGGGCAAAUCAGAGUAUUUUAACUAAAUUACUCAUGGAUUAACUUACUUGUUCAUAGAAGAUAACCCUCUUUCUGAAGCAUAAUUUAAUAUCCUAUAUGAGUGCAGAUUCUUUUCAUAAUACUUUAUAUCUUGUAUUUAGACUGAUGAAGAUAUGGUUAAUGUAUCUUCUUUAUACAAAUUGAUAUCUUUGCAGGACUAAAAAUAUAUAAUGCUUUUAGUGAAAUAGGAUCUCAUUUAUCCGUUAUAUAUUAUGAUGAGCCAUACUCUAAGUACUGUAAGGGAAAAUAUAGCGUUUAGUUUGUCAAACAUGUUUAUGAAUGGAGAAAGCUUUAUUUAAAUUGCGAGCUAGUAUAUGUUAGAUUCAAAAAUUAUUUCUCAGAUAGAAGAAGAGGAAACGUUAGAUGUAUAGAAAGAGGCUAUUUGGGCUCUUUCUACGUUAUUGCAACAUUAAAGUGAUGAAUAAAAAGAAGAGUUUUUGUCAAAUAAAGAGGUUAUUCAUAUUUUAUGUGAUUUUUUGAACAAAAAAUAUCAAUAACUUCCUGAUCAAAUUUUAAUGAAACUACUUGAUUGUUUCAUAUCAAUACUUGAUUUUGGGGAAAAACUCACCAAAGAAGACGAUUCAUAUGAAUAAAACCCAUUUUGGAUAUGUAUAGACAGGUAUUAAUCUAUUAGAACUUUAGAUCAUAUAGCAAUUGAAGGUUCUGAAGAAAAUUAGCAAAGGGCUUCAAAAAUAAUUGAAGAAUACAGUUGGACUAAAUAAUAUGAAUAAAAUAUUUUAAAUUGA